UUUAGACUAAGAAAAUAAUGUAGAAUGUUCUUGUUGACUGAACUUUCACAAUUUCAGUAGUUUGUAGUUUUAUUCUAAYAUGUCAAGGAUCUUGGAUCAGAGAAGUUUGCUAUUAGUAAUUUCAUUUUUGACAAAUCUGCAGAGUAGAAAGGUACUUUCAGAAUGGAAGAGGUGCGGUGAUCAGGAAUGUGAAACRGCCAUGAGCAGAGUUCAAGCCACUGCAGACUACUUAGGGCCUGACUGCCGGUAUCUUAACUUCAAAGAAGGGGAAGAAAUAAUUGUAUACUCCAAACUUUCAAGGAAAAGUGAAAAUUUGUGGGCAGGAAGUAAAGGAAAGGAUUUUGGAUAUUUUCCAAAAGAUGCGGUGAAGGUUGAAGAAGUUUUUAUUGCAGAGGAAGUUGAAGUGCCUACUAAGGAAACUGAUUUCCUCUGUCUUGAUGGAGAUGAGUACAUUUUYGAAAAUAAAGACAGUGUAUUACAUGAUCCGGAUAAAGAAACUGAAUAUUCAUCAUCUGAUGAAGAAUCAAAGCUACAAGAAAAUGAAYUCCUAAAAUAUUUAAGAGACUCCAUGCAGAAGGAAGAAAGAUUUGAAUCAGUUUCUGAAAAUGAUUCCAAGGAAUCUCACAGUCAGGAGUCUGCAAGCAAAAAGUUGCUCAGCAAAAAUGAGAAUGGAAAAGAAGAUGCUGAACAGCCACAAACUCAAACCAGACUUCCAUUAAAGCCCCUUCCGACUCCAUCUAGUUGGAUGGUUCCUGGUAUUGCAGGAUGGUUCACCACAGAAAGUAAGAAAGAUGAGGAGACCACAGAAGCUGUUACUGCGUCUUUAGAAGAAGACACUUACAUUGGCAGAAAAAUAGUAACUGCUGAAAAUGAUUUGGAAGAACUAAGUGAUAAGGAAGAGCAAGAGCCCACAGCUUCGGGUUGGUUUCAGGGUGGACUGACAGACUUUCUCUAUUUUGGUAAAGAGGAUGUGGAUCAACAUCAGAAUGCUCAGGGUCCAGCAUCAGAAAAAAACAGUCCACAGAUCCAUGAUGUUUCUCACGGGGAUGGAUAUUCUGAUAAGGAACAUGAAACAGUAAUUACAGAAGUACUGCCAGAAGAAGAACAGAAAAGUGACAGCUAUGAAUCCAAAUCAAACUGGUUUAAUUUGGAUUUAAGUGAUGUUCUAAGUUUUGGGCAAGCUGAGAAAGAUGCAGUUACAGAAGACCAGCAACACAGAGAAACAGAGGAGGAAGCAAAUAAAAAUGAAGAAAUACAGACUUUAAAACRGGAAGAAUCUCACAUGGACAAAGAAUCACAGGAAUCAGUUAAAGUGGCGGUAGAUGAAGACAAUAAAGAAAAUUUUGCACCAGAAACAAUAGACUCAAACAGUAGCAUGUCAAAUCCUUGGAUGCUACCAGCAAGUUUACAUACUCUUAAUGAUACCAUAAGCGCCUCAGAUAGCACAGCAUCAUCUCCAAACAUCCCAGCGGGUGACAAUGAGGAGCUACUUGAACCUUGCCGCUCAGAACAAGCCUCGGUAUCCAAAAGCCAACUUGUGGCUUUUCUCUUGAAAAACACGGAAGCUGAAGAGAGAAGUUGGGAGCCAGAAAGCAAACAUGGCCAGUCAGGAAUAGGUAGUGGAAGAAAACUACUAGAAAAAAUACCAAUGGAGGAACAUGAAAUAAAUAUAGAUGUAGACAGUGAGCACAACCCUGACCAACAGUCCGAAGCAAUAGUGAUUCCACUAGUAAAUACAGAGGAAGAAAUCUACAGUUCAGCGGCUGAUUUACCAGUUGAUGUCAAAAAGCCUUUCUCAGAUGCCUCUUUACAAAUUCAGAGCUACUUUCCAAGUAAUGAAGGCAGUUGGAUAUAUCAGCUAGUUCUGUGCUUGAACGUUCUUGAGAUUGGGGAAUUCCUAAAGUCUGUAUUUUCUGCAACGGCAAGUAUUAUCAGAAAGGCUGUGGCUUCGCUGCCCGAAGAGAUGAGACCUGGCCCGGAUCUGGAUGGGUUCCCGUGGGAAAUAGUGAUUUGUGCCGGCGUUGUUGGCAUCUUUACCGUUUUCCUGUUUCUGUACAGAAGUUAUCAAUCAGUUAGAAGCCGACUUUAUGUAGGAAGGGAAAAGCAGCUUGCCAAUAAAAUUGCUGAGCUAGUUGAAGAUAAAUGCAAAAUGCUUGAAAAACUCAGCCUUUGCAAGAAAGAGUUUGAAGAUCUGGAAUUAUCUCUGAAUGAUGACAACAUUGUGAAAGAUUCAACAGAUGCAUCAUCUCUAGAGGAAACACAUGAAAAACUGAACAAGUCAAACUUGGAACUCAAGCAAGAAAUAGAGAAUCUUGAAAAAGAACUGGAAGAAGAAAAAUCUAAGCACUCAGAAAAUGAUGAAUUGGUGGCUGAAAUUCAAAAGAAAGUGGAGUCUUUAGAGAAUGAAGCAAAAUCAAUCCAAUCACAAAUUGCUGAGGCCAAGUCCACCCUAAAAGUAUUUGAGAUUAAUACAGAGAGACUCAAGACAUCUGCUCAAGAUGCAGCAGAGGAAAACUGUCAUCUCCAGGAAAGCGAGAAACAACUUUUACAAGAAGCUGAAGGAUGGGGUGAACGAUUUACUGAAUUAAAUGAACAAACUAAAAUGUCUGAAUCAUCCAAAGCAGAUAUGGAAGAAGUACUGAAAAAUAAAGAGAGUCAAAUUAAGUCAUUGACACAGUACUUACUAAAGAUGAAAGACUGGAGUUCAGCCGUAAGAGAAGAUGACAGCACAGAAGAUAAUCACUGGGACACCGAUAUAAAGGGUGAAGGAGAAAAUGGGGAGCAUUUAGAUGAUCAGCAAAAACGAACCAUAAAGAAAUUGAUAUAUGCUGCAAAGUUAAAUGCUUGCUUAAAGACCCUGGAAACAGAAAGAGAGCAAGUAUAUUCAAAACUGUCUGAUGAAAAUAAAGCUAAAGGAGAGCUUACAGAACGUAUAGAAAGCCUCCAAAGUGAACAAGUUUCUUUGCAGUCUGAAAAUGAACGUUUAGACAGUGAAGUUCAGAAGCUUCAGCAAAAACUUAAAGUCAUGACUGAGCUUUAUCAAGAAAAUGAAAUGAAACUGCACAGGAAACUGACAGUAGAAGAGAGAGAACGCUUACAGAAGGAAGAAAAGCUGUCUAAAGUAGAUGAAAAAAUCAGUCAUGCUGCUGAAGAACUGAACAGUUACAGGCAGCGAGCCAAAGAUCUUGAAGAGGAGCUAGAAAGAACCAUUCGUUCUUACCAGCAUCAGAUUACUUCACAUGAGAAAAAAGCUCAUGAUAAUUGGCUGACAGCACGAGCAGCUGAAAGACAUCUCAGUGAUAUAAGAAAAGAAAAUGCACAUAACAGACAAAAAUUAACUGAAACAGAAUUUAAACUUGACCUUUUAGAAAAGGAUCCUUACGCUCUUGAUGUUCCAGUUAGACCCUUUGGCAGAGAGCAUUCCCCAUAUGGACCCUCACCAAUGGGCCGGCCUUCAUCUGAAACAAGAGCUUUUCUUUCCCCUCCAACUUUAUUGGAGGGUCCUUUAAGGCUUUCACCUAUGCUUCCAGGUGGAGGAGGAGGAAGAGGAUCCAGAGGGCCAGGAACUACUGUCAUGUAUGAAGGCAGUAAUGAAAGAGGAGAGCUGAGUUCUGAUAGACUAAGUGAUCCACACAGGCCACCAUCAGAUACUGGGUCCCUGUCUCCCCCCUGGGACAGAGAACGCAGGAUAGUGCUGCCUCUACCAGGUGAACCUUAUGCUGAUUCAGUCGUUCCUCCUCCUCCUCCUCGAAGGCAAGACAGAUUUCUUCCUAAUCCUCCAAAUUCUGGAAGACUUUCUGGUCCAGCAGAACUACGGACUUACAACAUGCAGUCUUUUGAUAAACCAGAUGGGCAGGCAGCUUCAGAAAGCAGUUCUCAAACGGAGCCAAGUGGAAAUGGGAUGAAGGAUCAUUCUAGUCUUGGCAAUUUACUCCCCGAUGGAUCUCUGGCACCCGGGGGCGAAGGGAGCAGCUCGGCCUUCGCCCCGCCGCCUUUCCCUCCCGUCCGGGCUCCGCCGCUGCCCAUGGAUUCGAGAGGAGCUUUCCUGCGCAGAGGCCCCCCCUUUCCUCCUCCUCCUCCUCUUCCUCCCCCUGGCAUGUACGGGCCGCCGGAGUGCUUCCCAGGACGAGACUUCCCGCUUCCGCGGCCGCCCUUGCCAAUGCGAACUCCAUUUCCAAUGAGAUCUUUUCCUCACUACCCACCUCCGCGACCUGGAUUUUUGCCACCGCCGCCUCCUGAGAACAGGACUGAGCCCCCUCAGCCACCGCCAUCGGCUGGGGAGCAGCCAGAGCCCCAGCACCAGACUUGACCGUGUUGAGUGACACAAGGUGCCGUUUCUGCCCUCACAUGGGGUUUUUCUAACGCUCAGUUAAGUAACCGUUUGUUACUUAGGGAUAUAUAUAAACUACUUUGCUCAAAUUGAAGCUUAAUAGAGAAUUCUCAGGAUAGUAUUUUGUAAAUAAAGAAUGAAGUAACUAUGAAUAUUGUGAAUAAGUGGUUUCUGUUGUACAAUAGUAACUUUUAAGUAUUUCUAAUUUGAGUAAUCUCUUCAGAGAUGUAUAAAAUCAGGUGGGCAAUGGUUUAAAUAGUCCAGCGGCUUGUCCUUGU